AUGGGGGCGGAGGCCAGCAGACGGAGUCAAGCGAGCCGGCAGGGUGACAGGGGGGGAGGGGGGAGGAGGCGAGGUGGCAGUGCAGUCUACACCUGGAAGAGGUCGAGGCAUGCCACAGAGGCGACAGUGUUGGUCAUCGACAGGAAGUCUAUAAUAUUACCCAGUGGCGAAGAGCACCCGGGGGUCCGGGUCAUCAGUCACUUUGGAGAAGAUGCCACGAUACAGGCAGUACUGGUGCAGGACUUCCAGGCCUUGCGUGACCAUGUGGAGAGGGAGGGUUUGCUCAUUGCCCGCCCCCUGUUCUUCAGCCUCUACCUGGGCCACAUCCUGCUACUAGAGGCCCUGGCUUUGGGCCUGCUCCUGGUCUGGGGGACCAGCUGGAGCCUCACACUGCUCUGUUCCCUCAUGCUGGCCACGUCUCAGUCCCAGGCUGGCUGGCUGCAGCAUGACUACGGCCACCUGUCAGUCUUCAAGAAAUCCAGCUGGAAUCACGUACUGCAAAAGUUUGUCAUUGGACACCUAAAGGGUGCCUCUGCUAACUGGUGGAACCAUCGUCACUUCCAGCACCACGCUAARCCCAACRUKUUUMGUAAAGAUCCUGAURUCAACUCACUGCAUGUCUUYGUCCUGGGWGACAAACAGCCUGUAGAGUAUGGUGUAAAGAAGUUGAAGUACAUGCCCUACCAUYACCAACACCAGUACUUCUUCCUCAUUGGACCUCCACUACUUAUUCCAGUGUAUUUCCACAUCCAGAUAUUGCGGACCAUGUUUUUACGACAGGACUGGGUGGAUCUGGCGUGGUCGAUGAGUUUCUACCUUCGCUUCUUCUGCUGUUACUAUCCCUUCUUUGGUUUCUUUGGCUCAGUAGCAUUGAUCAGCUUCGUCAGGUUUUUGGAAAGCCACUGGUUUGUGUGGGUGACCCAGAUGAAUCACCUUCCUAUGGAGAUAGAUCACGAGAGACACCAGGACUGGCUCACCAUGCAGUUGAGUGCUACUUGCAACAUUGAACAGUCAACCUUCAACGACUGGUUCAGUGGACACCUCAACUUUCAGAUUGAACACCAUCUGUUUCCUACCAUGCCCCGUCAUAACUACCACCUGGUGGCUCCUCUGGUUCGUGCUCUGUGUGAGAAACAUGGAGUUCCCUAUCAGGUCAAGACUUUGCAGAAAGGCAUGACUGAUGUUGUCAGGUCACUGAAGAAGUCAGGGGAUCUGUGGYUGGAUGCAUAUCUUCAUAAAUAAAUCCCUUCCUGGCUCUGGACGGGAUUUAAAUCCAUCUCAGAWUAACUACCUGUGAACAGAGAGGACAUUUCCUAGAUGUUUGUGUUGAUAAUGAUCGCUGYAAACAUUAUUGUGAUAUAAUUGUUUUAAUCCUUGGCAGCAGUGAAUGGGGAUCCAUAGCAGAAAUAGARGGUUUAUAUAGUAGGGCCAGGCGUUUAACAAAAAACUAAACACAGUUUUUAUUGACCUAUAUUUCCAGCAUUAUCCACUGGGUUUGAUGCAGGCAGAAAAUCCUAGGAAAUGCUCUGUAAUUGACACAAGUCUCAAUCAUUCCAGUCUGGUUGUCCAUUCGUUUUUGGCGGAGGGAUCGCUUUAACCAGGGGAGGCGCAGCAUACGARUCUUMAUUUCACUAAGCCURUUAUUUAGCAGGGAAWACUAUUUGUAGAUUAGUGAUUUUACACCUCGUUUYUSUMAAGCUGAUSGCCUCCAACAGACUCAAUCCCUGAUCACAGGAGGUUAUAUAAAUGGGGAAAUUAGGACACGUAAAGGGGAAAGACUAUGAAUCCAAGCAGAAAAUAUAAGUGCACAAUAAAAAUCUCUAUCGCUUGAAAUUCCCCGCUGGAAUGCUCAUUGCAGACAACAAUAUAUUCUGCAAAACCUGCAAUUUAGCGUUGCAUGUUCAAUGGAAAGACAGGAUAGACAGGAUAGACAGGAUAGACAGCCAUCUGAAAUAAUAAUGCCGUCUCAGAAGAAUGCUUCAACCUUGAAACGUUGUGGAGGAUUUAGUGAAACAGUCUCGUCUUUACAUAACAAGACAACAUCAAUCAACAACAAUAUUUCACARCKUAUUCGUUGUCUGUUAWCAUGUGGUUAUGAUAGGCAUUUUUGUAUCAGAAAAYGUAGAGGGUGAAAUAUAGACUAUUUUCAGAAUA